AGCAAGUUGAAUAAUAAGUAAAUAAAUCCAAUCCACAGCAAUGUUAUGUUGAAGAAAAGAAAAGAAACUUGUCAUUAUCACCGAAAAUUAUUAUUGUUGUUUUUGUUGCGGUUAUUCCGAAAAUUUUAGUCACCAAAAUGUUGUCCAUCUUUCUGCGUUCUGCAAUCCGAUCAAAUAUCUGGUUUCGUUCGUCAUCAUCAUCAUCGUUGUCAUCGACAAAAAUUAUUUCAUCAAGAUGUUUAUCAUUCCGGACAAAAUAUGAAAAUCAAUUCCACUCACAUUAUCACAAUAAUCGAUGGAAUCGUUAUUCACAAUCGAUUAUAAAUUAUUCGAAUCAAAGAUAUCUAAGUGGAAAUAAUCGUAUUGUAUCAUUUAAUUUAUCGGAUAUUGGUGAAGGAAUAUCUGAAGUAGUUAUAAAAGAAUGGUUUGUCAAUAUUGGUGAUCAUGUACAACAAUUUGAUAAUAUUUGUGAAGUACAAAGUGAUAAAGCAUCCGUUACAAUUACAAGUCGUUAUGAUGGACAAAUUAAAAAAAUUUAUUAUCAAAUUGAUGAUAUGGCUAAAGUUGGUCAACCAUUAGUUGAUAUUUUAAUUGAUUCGGAUGAUAAUUCAACAGAAUCAGAACCAGAAAAUCAGAAAAUUAUUAUGAUUAAUGAUGAAUCAAAUAAUAAUAAUAAUUUGGCUACCAUUAAUAAUAAUGAAAAUAAUCAUCAUCAAGAUUAUCUUGGUGGUGGUAAAUUUAUAACAACACCAGCUGUACGUCGUAUGGCUAUUGAACAUAAAGUUGAUUUAAACAAUGUUAUCGGCACGGGUAAAGAUGGUCGAAUUCUAAAAGAAGAUAUUCUUACAUAUUUGGAACAACAACAACAACAACAAUCAGCAAAGCCUGCUAUAGAUGUAAAAGCAGAUAACACUACAACAACAACAACAACAUCGCAGACAAUAAAAAAGGCUGAAUCAAAAUUGUCAAUAAAAAAAUCACCAACAACGACUACAUCCAACAUUCCAUUGAAUGAACCAGAUCGUAUAGAACCAUUUUCAAGUAUAACAAAAGGAAUGUUCAAAACAAUGACAAAAUCAUUACAAGUUCCACAUUUUGGCCUAAGUGAAGAAAUCGAUUUAUCAUUAUUGAUUAAAUUACGUCCUGAAAUGAAAAAAAUAUCUAAUGAAAAAAAUAUACCAAUAUCAUUGAUGCCAUUUUUUAUUAAAUCAACAUCGUUAGCAUUGGAAAAAUAUCCAAUAUUAAAUUCAACAAUAGAUAUAUCAGGUGAAAAAAUUAUUUAUCAUCAAUCACAUAAUAUUGGUAUUGCUAUGGAUACUAAACAAGGAUUAUUGGUACCAAAUAUUAAAAAUGUCAAUCAAAUGACAAUAUUAGAUAUUGCCAAUGAAUUAAAUCGUUUACAACAAUUAGGACAAAAAGGACAAUUAGGUAUUAAUGAUUUGAAUGGUGGUACAUUUACAUUAUCUAAUAUUGGUUCGAUUGGCGGUAUAUUCGGUAUACCUGUAUUGAUGCCAGGUGAAGUUGUAAUUGGUGCUAUUGGUCGUAUACGUAAACUACCACGUUUUAUUGAUGAUGAUUCGGAUCAAAUUAAACGUGCACAUAUUGUACAGGUAUUAUGGUCAGCUGAUCAUCGUAUUAUUGAUGGUGCAACAAUGACACGUUUCUGUACAUUAUGGAAAGAAUAUUUAGAAAAUCCGUUUAGAAUAUUUUUCUGAAAAAAAUAUCAAAUUUUUUUUUCGUUAAAUAAUUGAAUUUAAAA